UAAUGGAAGAAUCAAAGUUAAGAAUUGCUAUUAUCAAUAAAGAUAGAUGUAAACCUUAACGUUGUGCUUUGGAAUGCAAAAAGAAUUGUCCAAUUAAUAAGAGUGAGAAAUUAUGUAUCGAAGUUACAAAGUAAAGUAAAUUAUGCACAAUCAAUGAAUCAUUGUGUAUUGGAUGUGCUAUUUGUGUUAAGAAAUGUCCAUUCAAAGCAAUCAUGAUUAUCAAUUUACCCAAAGAUUUAUCUAAAGAAUUAACACAUUAAUAUGGAGCCAAUUCAUUCAAAUUACAUAGAUUACCAACACCUAGACCAGGAUAAGUUUUAGGAUUAGUUGGAACUAAUGGUAUUGGAAAAUCAACUGCAUUAUAAAUUCUAAGUGGAAAAGUGCAACCUAAUUUGGGUUUAUAUAAAGAGCCUCCUUCAUUCGAAUAGAUCUUAAAGUAUUUUAGAGGAAGUGAAUUACAAAGUUAUUUAUAAAAAGUAUUUGAAGGAAAAGUUAAAGCUGUAAUAAAACCAUAAUAUGUUGAUUCAAUUGGUAAGGCAGUUAAAGGUAAAGUUGGAGAAGUUAUUAAAAAUAAGGAUAAAUUGAAUAGAGCAGAAUAAUUAUUAAAAGAUUUAGAAUUGUCUCAUUUAGUAGAUAGAGAAAUUGGUAUGUUAUCUGGAGGUGAAUUGUAAAGAUUUGCAAUAUUAAUGGCAUGUAUUUCAGAAAGUGAAUGUUUGAUGCUUGAUGAACCAACAUCUUAUUUAGAUAUUAAAUAAAGAGUGGUUGCAUCUAGAAUCAUUAGAAAUUAAGUAAGAGAUAACAAUUAUCUUAUUGUUGUAGAGCAUGAUCUAUCCAUAUUAGAUUAUUUAUCAGAUUUUAUUUGUUGUUUAUAUGGAGAAUAAACAGCUUAUGGUAUAGUGACAAUGCCUUUUUCAGUUAGAGAAGGUAUUAAUAUAUUUUUGGCUGGAUUUGUACCAACUGAAAAUAUGAGAUUUAGAGAUUAUGAAUUAAGUUUCAAGAUUUCAGAUAAUUUAGAUAUGUUAUUAGAGAAUUAGAAAUAAAAGAAAAAUUAUCAAUAUCCUGAUAUGAAAAAAGUAUAAGGAGAAUUUUCAUUAUAAGUAAAAGCAGGAGGUUUUAAUAAUUCAGAAAUUGUUGUUUUAUUAGGAGAAAAUGGAACUGGUAAAACUACAUUCAUUAAAAUGUUGGCAGGAAAAGAUAAAGAUGUUGUUGAUAUUCCAAAAUUAAGUGUCAGUUAUAAACCAUAAAUGAUUGCACCUACAUUUGAUGGAACAGUUUAAGAAUUAUUUAGAUCUAAAUUAUAAGAUAGUCAUAGAAAUCCAUAAUUUUAAACUGAUGUAUAUAAACCAUUGAGAAUUGAAGAUUUAGAAGAUAAUGAAGUUAAGAAAUUAUCAGGAGGUGAAUUAUAAAGAGUUGCUUUGAUUUUAGCAUUAGGUAAACCAGCUGAAGUUUAUUUAUUGGAUGAACCAUCUGCUUAUUUAGAUGCAGAAUAAAGAGUUGCUACAUCUAAAUUAAUUAAAAGAUUUAUAAUGAAUACAAAAAGAGCAGGUUUUGUUGUUGAACAUGAUUUUAUUAUGGCAACUUAUUUGGCAGAUAAGUAAUAACUUUAUANGAGAAGUUAUUAAAAAUAAGGAUAAAUUGAAUAGAGCAGAAUAAUUAUUAAAAGAUUUAGAAUUGUCUCAUUUAGUAGAUAGAGAAAUUGGUAUGUUAUCUGGAGGUGAAUUGUAAAGAUUUGCAAUAUUAAUGGCAUGUAUUUCAGAAAGUGAAUGUUUGAUGCUUGAUGAACCAACAUCUUAUUUAGAUAUUAAAUAAAGAGUGGUUGCAUCUAGAAUCAUUAGAAAUUAAGUAAGAGAUAACAAUUAUCUUAUUGUUGUAGAGCAUGAUCUAUCCAUAUUAGAUUAUUUAUCAGAUUUUAUUUGUUGUUUAUAUGGAGAAUAAACAGCUUAUGGUAUAGUGACAAUGCCUUUUUCAGUUAGAGAAGGUAUUAAUAUAUUUUUGGCUGGAUUUGUACCAACUGAAAAUAUGAGAUUUAGAGAUUAUGAAUUAAGUUUCAAGAUUUCAGAUAAUUUAGAUAUGUUAUUAGAGAAUUAGAAAUAAAAGAAAAAUUAUCAAUAUCCUGAUAUGAAAAAAGUAUAAGGAGAAUUUUCAUUAUAAGUAAAAGCAGGAGGUUUUAAUAAUUCAGAAAUUGUUGUUUUAUUAGGAGAAAAUGGAACUGGAAAAACUACAUUCAUUAAAAUGUUGGCAGGAAAAGAUAAAGAUGUUGUUGAUAUUCCAAAAUUAAGUGUCAGUUAUAAACCAUAAAUGAUUGCACCUACAUUUGAUGGAACAGUUUAAGAAUUAUUUAGAUCUAAAUUAUAAGAUAGUCAUAGAAAUCCAUAAUUUUAAACUGAUGUAUAUAAACCAUUGAGAAUUGAAGAUUUAGAAGAUAAUGAAGUUAAGAAAUUAUCAGGAGGUGAAUUAUAAAGAGUUGCUUUGAUUUUAGCAUUAGGUAAACCAGCUGAAGUUUAUUUAUUGGAUGAACCAUCUGCUUAUUUAGAUGCAGAAUAAAGAGUUGCUACAUCUAAAUUAAUUAAAAGAUUUAUAAUGAAUACAAAAAGAGCAGGUUUUGUUGUUGAACAUGAUUUUAUUAUGGCAACUUAUUUGGCAGAUAAGUAAUUACUUUAUAUAUAUUACAAGAGUUGUAGUCUAUGAUGGUGUACCAGGAAAAGCAUGUGUUGCUAAUGCACCUGAAGAUUUAUUAACAGGAAUGAAUAAAUUUUUGAAUGUUCUUAAUAUAACAUUUAGAAGAGGUAUACUAUCUAAUUUAUUAUUUUAUAGAUCCAACUAACUUUAGACCAAGAAUCAAUAAAAUGGAUUCUAUUUUGGAUAGAGAGUAGAAAUAAAGUGGUAACUAUUUCUGUUUAGAUGAAUGAAAAAUUGUUUUUAAAUUUACAUAAAUUAUAAGUAUAUUUUAAUAUGUAAGUGGGUCUCAAUAAAUUCGAAUUUUCUUUUGAUAAAAAAAUUGGAAGUGGUUCUUUUGGUUAAAUCUUUUUAGGUACAACUUAUUGAAUAAUCUAUAAGGAACUAAUAAAUAAACUGGAUAAGAUGUAGCUAUUAAAUUAGUAUGAAAAUUUUUAAUCAUCUAGGAAGCUAUUGCAAAUAAACAUCCAUAAUUAAUCUUUGAGGGCAAGUUAUAUAAAGUAUUGCAAGGAGGAAGUAAAUUGAUAAAAUAGAUUUAGUCGGGAUUCCAUAAGCUUAUUGGGUUGGAAGUGAAGGAGAAUACAAUAUAUUGGUUAUGGAACUACUUGGUCCCAAUUUAGAAGAUCUAUUUAAUUAAUGCAAAAGACACUUUUCAUUAAAAACAGUCUUAAUGAUUGCUUAAUAGAUGCUUUCAAGAAUUGAAUUUAUUCAUAGCAAAAAUUUAAUACAUAGAGAUAUCAAACCUGACAAUUUUCUAAUUGGAUUAACUUAAAAGAGUGAUAUAAUUUAUAUUAUAGACUUUGGUCUUUCUAAGAAAUAUAGGGAUUAAAGAACUAGUAUUUUAAUUAUAAUAUUUUUAGAUCUACAUAUUCCAUAUAGAGAAGGUAAAAGUUUAACUGGAACAGCAAGAUAUGCUAGUGUAAAUACACAUUUAGGAGUUGAAUAAAGUAGAAGAGAUGAUUUAGAAGCAAUUGGAUAUGUUUUAGUAUAUUUUUUAAAUGGAUAAUUACCUUGGUAAGGUUUAAAAACAGAUAACAAGAAAGAUAAAUAUGAAAAAAUAGCAGAAUCUAAGAUUGCUACUUCAAUUGAAAAAUUAUGUGAAGGAUUGCCUGAAGAGUUUUCUAUUUAUUUUAAUUAUUGUAAAAGCCUAAAAUUUGAAGAGAGACCUGAUUAUGUUUGGUUAAAGAAACUAUUUAAAGAUCUUUAUACACGAAUGAAAUAUCCAAAUGAUAAUGUAUUUGAUUGGACAAAAUUAUGA